AUGAAACAAGAAAAGACAAGAGAGAAUAAAAAAUGUAUGGACUUCAGUAUCGAUCGUCAUAUGAUUCCGUCAAAAUUAUCGCUUGCAGCCUUAUAUUGCUCCCAAGGUUAUUUGCCAUACUUCAAUGUGUUUUUAAAAACAGUUGGGAUGACAUCAACUGAGGCCGGUAUUAUUGUAGGCCUUCGAUCUGUUCCAGCACUUUUUGCAUCACCAUUAUGGGGAUUUCUUACCGAUUUAACUGGACGACGCAAGCUAAUUAUUACAAUUUUGUGGCUAGGAACUAUCUUACUUAUAUUUCCAAUGCCUAGUAUUGUAUUUUUGAGUGAUCCAAUUACAAGCAACAGAACAGUUUUAAAUCGCGCUCAGGAAACUAUAUAUUUGUCCAAUGCAAAAGUGUUUUAUGUAACACUCGUAGUGUGUUUAUUGUCUGCUUGCUUUGAACAACCAUUAGUAGGUUUUAUUGACUCAGCUGUGAUGGAUGUUGUGACCACAAGAGAUGGUGUUACUUAUGGAAAUCAAAGAAUAGUUGCUGGCGUAGCAACUGUUGGUAUAAACUUAAUAAGUGGUUAUGCUGCAGAACAAGUUAUAAGUCCAAUUUUUCCAAAGACUUCUGGAGUUUUUCUUGUAUUUUUACCUUGCAUUUUGUUGUUGUUGCCUUCAACGUUAGUAUUAUUGGACCAAACAAAUAACAAAGUUGCUGAUCAAAAAAAGCAAUCUCUUUUUAGAAAAGCCUUAAAAACUUGCAAAUCAUUAGAAGCCUUUAUGUUUCUUGCUUCUGUUUUUUUUAUGGGGACCUCGCAAGGUUUGCGGUAUGCGUAUUUAUCCAUGUACUUGAAUGACGAGAUGAAAGCAUCAAAAACCUUUGUUGGUAUAUGUUAUUCGUUUUCUGCUACUUCAUCGACAAUUAUUUUUCCAUUUGCCAGUUUCAUAAUUGAAAAAAUGGGGGGUACAAAAGUCGCCAUUCAAAUAGCAAUAUUUUCUUGCUUUUUACGGUUUCUAGCAAUGACAUAUAUUAAUGUUCUAUGGCUUAUGCUUCCGGUUCAGGUUUUAUACGGUAUUAAUUAUGCGAUAUAUAUGACAGCUGCAGCCGAGCAUACAAAAAUGAUAUCUUCAAAAGAAAUAUCGACAACUAUGUUUGGUAUUGUAAGUUCUGUUUAUGUUUGCAUUGGUUGUUUAUUUGGAAAUGUUAUCGGAGGAAUUAUAUACGACAAAUACGGUGGAAGAGGCUUAAUGUUUAGAUCUGCUUUAGUUUACCUAGCUUGGUUUUUGGUUUCAUUUACCUAUGAAAGACAAAAAUGUCCUAAAGAAAUAAGCAAGCACAGAAAGUAG